AUAGCUUUGCGCGUCAUACCCACAGAAUAUGAGCACAAGUCGGCAACGCAGAUUAAUGAUGCAUUAAUAAUUGCCCGACGGAGAUGCAGUGGGGAUUAUGAAGCUCCAAAGAAAAGGGGGAGGGGAAGGGAGUUAAUGAACUGCCGGUAGGUGGGGAAUCCGACGCUCCGGCCUCGGGGGUCAUCUUUUUUGUGAGUAGGUAGGUACGAUAGGCAGGAUGGGCAGGAUAGGCAAGACAGGCUAAACGCAGUACCGCCCGACUUUACCGAAAUCCCGACCAUUCGCCUACCCCUACCCUAUUGUACUAAUUACCUGUUUAUAUCCUACUCCACCCAAGUCCUACAUGUAUAAAGUCAUAUAACCAGCUUUAAUACCGUUCUAUUCAUCACGCUGUCUUAAUAUCUAGAAAAAGAGAAUACCAUGCCGGCCUUUUCUAGACUUAUCCGUUUUCUGGCCAAGAAUGGCAAAACGUACCAUGGAGAUGCUAUUCUACCAGAGGGAGUAACAGACAUUUCUAAGACGAAGAAAGCGCGUGUCAUCAAAGGGGACAUCUUUGGCAAGCAUGAAGUUACCGAUCAGAUUGCGGAGGUCCGAUUACUUCUAGCACCUCUCGCAUUAGAGGAUGUUAAGUCCGUCCGAUGUCUAGGUCUUAACUACGCACUGCACGCGAAAGAGGCCAAUCUUCCGAUACCAAAAUACCCAGUCCUAUUCUACAAGCCGGUCACUUCUCUGUCAGGGCCUACGGAUCCUAUUCCCAUCCACCCAAUUGCACAGGAGGAACUAGGACUGGAUUAUGAAGUUGAACUUGUCGUCAUUAUCGGAAAGGAGGCUAGGGAUGUAUCGGAGUCUGAGGCGCUCGACUAUGUCCUCGGAUACGCUGUCGGAAACGAUGUCUCGCACCGAGACUGGCAGGUCGCGCGCGGUGGUGGCCAAUGGUCGCUGGGUAAGGGGUUUGACGGCUGGGCACCAUAUGGACCGGGCAUCGUCACCAGCAAUAUCAUCAAAGACCCACAGACGCUUCAGAUUAGUACUAGAUUGAAUGGACAGACAGUACAGAAUAGCAACACAGCCGAUCAGAUCUUUAAUGUGAGGCAAACCAUCGCGUUCUUGAGCAAGGGCCACACGUUGCUACCUGGCGAUCUUAUCUGGACGGGAACGCCGUCGGGCGUUGGAAUGGGCCGCAAGCCGCAGCUGUGGCUAAAAGACGGCGAUAUCGUCGAAGUCGAGCUUGAAAACGUCGGAGUUGUCACCAACAAGGUGGAGUUCACCAAGGAAGACUCCGCUAAGUUGUAAACAUAUAUCUAAUUACUAAUCGAUGAUUAACUGAUCACUUCAGUUUUGUUGUUCUGUCGGCGUUGCUUGCUGUACGACAUAGUACUUAUCUGCAACUACCGUAAGAACUUGAUUGGCUAUAGGAGUGUUCCGAUGUCAGCGUGUGGAAAUUUACUCGUGUUAUGUUAGGUAGCGCUGCGGCUGACAUGCCCCUUUAAGGCUUGGCCCGUAUCUAAAUAAUGCAUAGAUCUGGACUAAAUGUUUAUGAGAUGCCUUCAGCUAGGUAGAUCGUUAUUUUAAAAUAUCUAUUCAGGUCAAGCUUAAAAAUGAGGUUUAUUUUGUAUUAGGUACCUUACCUUUCAAGUAUAGCGUAUGACAGAUCCUACAAAUCCAUGCUACGCUGAGCC